AUGGAGGACACCAAGUUUACCAGCCCGACUUCAUUCUCAGAGACUGAAGAUCUUGACCAAGAGGUUCAAGAACUACUUUCUUCCCUUCCAAAAGGAAAGGGAUGGUUUGGUGCUGACCUCUGCCAAUGCCAAGGCUUUUGGUGCCAAACCAACUUUCUUCGGAAUGUAAUAUGUUCUCAAAGAUUCUUCCAAUCUCAUGACCAAGAUAUCAUACUUGCCUCCUUCCCAAAAUCUGGCACCACUUGGCUCAAGGCCUUGAUAUUUUCCAUUGUUAAUCGUUCUCGUUAUACUUCCUCAAAUACACCUUUGCUCACUUCUAGCCCUCACAAGCUCGUAUCCUUUCUUGAGCUUGAUCUCUUUGACAAAAAGGAACUUCCCAUUGAUCUUAUCAGUACUACCAGAACCCCAUCUACAUCUCCGAGGCUUUUCGCUACUCACAUUCCCUAUUCAUCUCUGCCUGAAUCCAUCAAGAAGUCUAAUUGUCGUAUUGUUUACAUUUGUCGCAAUCCUUUUGACGUGGUGGUCUCCUGGUUUCAUUUUCUCACUCAACAUAAACAUGCAGAGAAGCUAGAUGAGGAGCAUUUUGAGUCGUUUUUUAAGGGAGAAGUUGCGGGUGGACCCUUUUGGGACCACGUAUUAGGGUUUUGGAAAGAGAGCUUAGAGAGACCACACAAAGUGUCAUUUUUAAUGUAUGACGACAUGAAGGAGGACAUUGUCACUCACUUGAAGAGGUUGGCUGAGUUCAUAGGGUACCCUUUUUCAACAGAGGAAGAGACACAAGGUGUGAUUCGAGAAAUAGCCACGCUGUGUAGUUUAAAAAGUUUGAAGGAUUUAGAGGUCAACAAGAGUGGCAACUACUUGCCAGAUCAUGCGAAUAACUCCUUUUUCAGGAAAGGUAAGGUGGGUGAAGGAGUCAACUAUCUCAGUUCUUCCACGAAGCAACGCUUAGAAAAUGUGAUGCAAGAAAAAUUAAGUGGAUCUGGUUUGACUUUCAAGAUGUCUUGA